GUGUGUGUGUGUGUGUGUGUGUGACUCAGGACUUAUUUAUAGACUGACCAGCUUCUGGACACCAACUGUCUACGCUGUCUUUUAUUUAAUUUUUUUGAUGUUUCUUGGUAAAGCACCUUACUGUAUAUAAAUAUAUAUAUCUAUAUUAAUAUAUAUACACACACACACAUAUGACUUAGUGUGCGUGUUCCAAUUUUGGCUUGGUGCGAAGCAUCGCUAUUGUCAGACGCUGGUGGCACGUCACACCACUGAGAUAUUCCAUUGUAUUUGGUUUGUCAAAAUAGAGCCCAGAAUAGUAUUUUAUCAGAAAUAUUAGUUUUUAAGUAAUGUUAGCACAAUUAGCAUACCCUCUCUCUCUCACCCAAUUCUUAAAUCAUGUGCUUCAGAUAACCCCUGAGUCAGAAUCACAGGGGGUGGUGCGCAGAGAGAGACGCUACAUUGAGCUUUGAGGAUGAUAGAGUGACACAUAGAGACCACAUGGAACAUCACUGACCCCAACUCACUCAGGCGAUCUGGUGGAAAGAGACAAGACGAUGCCAAAUAGAAGGGGUUGGGUUGGUGGGCAGUUGCUAUUAAAGGUGGAGAGAGAGGGGAAUCUGGAGAAGGAGGUGCACUCGGGUUGCUGUAGGUCUUCCUGCUGUCUGAUUCCACAUGAAGGGAGCAGCUCUCUCCCCUGCCGAGGGGGAGUGGGUGUUGGAGGGAGAGGCGGUGAACCCCAGGCCAGCCUCACUGAGUAACCACAUACCGGCUGCUGUGUCACAGUCACUUCCUCUGUGCUUGGAUUACAAUGGGUUCACCCAACGGGCAGUGGCCUUCCUCAUCUCUUGCUCUCUCUCUCUCUCUCUUUCUCUCUCUCUCCAUCUUCCUCUCUCCCCAUCAUCCACACCUCACGUCCGUCUCACACACCCAACACCUCUUACUGGAACCAGUGUCCAUUGUUUUAGUACACCCUGGGUCAACAAUGUGGCCCCAGAAUUUGUCCUCUCCCAUUGGUUCAUAUUGUCUAAUAGGUGUCUUCAGAUUCAGAGCCCUCCAAUUGGUGGAAAGAUGUGAGAAAUGCCCUAUGGUAAUCAUAUUUUGUUGCUGCCCAGUCCAAAGUCAAUUUCACUCUGCUUUGGCGUCAGAGGUUAGCUACUCUUCUUAUACAUGGGAGAAAUCAGUAAACCAAGGUGACGAUGAAACUGGGUUUAUUUACCAAUCACUCUACCAAUUUAUAUAUCCCUUUUUAAUCCGAAUUCCUCUUUGAUAUUUUUACUUUAAGUAUUAUGCUAAGUUUGCACCGGUGCAAAAGCUAAAUGAGCGUGGCCCUCAGUCUGUCAGCGCUAGGCUUUGUUUAGAAAAGUAGAUGGAUCUCAACCUUUUGGGAAUUAUUUUAGGCACAUCACAGGUGCUUCUUGAUCCGUUAAUGUUGUGUUCGCAUGGUUGGUAAUGGUAAAGUAUGCAAUAUAGUGUAUGUGGGCUGGGAUCGUGGUUUGAUUUGUAAAAAUAGUCUCCAAAAUAUGGAGGAUUGUAUGGACUUGUAACUUAAUCUUGAGGGACCUACGAUAAGAGUGCAUGUUAUAGUACAUAGUGUAUCUCCUAUGUUUUUAUGUUAUGUUUUUUGGAGGAUGAUCAGAUUGAUAAUUAUCAAAGUGAUUCUGAUUUUUUUUUCUGAAAGCUUCAAUGCCUCCAGUUUCAAGAAAAUGCUGUCCCUUUUUAUCUUUGCUUAAAAUCAAACUGACUGUACACACAGAGAUCAUUUAUGGACAUGUGUUAUUGUUGGAUGACAUGAAAAUAAAGAUCUAUGGCCACGCAAUGGCCAUGUCGGUCUCCGGAACUGGCUUGAAGAGGGCAGUCCAUAAGCGCAGACGAAUGAUGUCAAGGAUCUGGAAAGGAUUCGGGCAGCUUCAUUAAAUAGUACCCUCAAAACACUCGUCUCAACAUCAACGGUGAAGAGGCGGCUCCGGGAUGCUGGCCUUCUAGGCAGAGUUCCUCUGUCCAGUGUCUGUGUUCUUUUGCCCAUCUUUUCUUUUUAUUGGCCAGUCUGAAAUAUGUCUUUUUCUUUGCAACUCUGCCUAGAAGGCCAGCAUCCCGGAGUCGCCUCUUCACUGUUGAUGUUGAGACUGGUGCUUUGCAGGUACUAUUUAAUGAAGCUGGCAGUUGAGGACUUGUGAGGCAUCUGUUUCUCAAACUAGACACUCUAAUGUACUUGUCUUCUUGCUCAGUUGUGCACCGGGGCCUCCCACUCCUCUUUCUAUUCUGGUUAGGGCCAGUUUGCGCUGUUCUGUGAAGGGAGUAGUACACAGCGUUGUACAAGAUCAUCAGUUUCUUAGAAUAGCCUUCAUUUCUCAGAACAAGAAUAGACUGACAAGUUUCAGAAGAACGGUCUUUGUUUCUGGCCAUUUUUAGCCUGUAAUCGGACCCACAAAUGCUGAUGCUCCAGAUACUCAACUAGUCUAAAGAAAGACAGUUGUAUAGCUUCUUUAAUCAGAACAACAGUUUUCAGCUGUGCUAACAUAAUUGCAAAAGUGUUUUCUAAUGAGCAAUUAUCCUUUUAAAAUGAUUAACUUUGAUUAGCAAACACAGCGUGCCAUUGGAACACAGGAUUGAUGGUUGCUGAUAAUGGGCCUCUGUACACCUAUGUAGAUAUUCCAUUUUUUUUUAAAUCAGCCAUUUCCAGCUACAAUAGUAAUUUUCUGCCGUUUCCAGCUACAAUAGUAAUUUGCAACAUUAACAAUGUCUACACUGUAUUUUUGAUCAAUUUUGUUAUUUUAAUAGACACAAAAAUAGAUUUUCUUUCAAAAACAAGGACAUUUCUAAGUGACCCCAAACUUUUGAGCGGUAAUGUACGUACUGAAGUCACCAUCGUGGAGCACAAGUCUUCCAACUGGAGCCGAGCCAGUCCAGUCUCACAACCGCCCAGAUCACUGCAACAACUUGGCUGCAAGGUAAUCAGGCUUAAUUGGUGUCACCAAGCCUGGAGGUGCCGAAAGCUCCUCCUCCCCUCACUCCCCAUCUUCCAGGCAGUGUGUGAACCACACAAGACACAUUUGGCUGAUGCCAUCAGUGUCACACUCGCCAAUUCUGGGUGUUUGCUUAAAGCACCCAGCCCGCCGGCUCCCAAUCCCAACCUCCAGUCCCAGCAGAGGCUCUGUCACUACGCAACAGAUGGGGCUGAGGUCCCCUGGGCCUUCUCUGACUGGAGCAGCAGGGCCGCAAGUUCAAGAUCCUCUACAGAGGGAACACUGGGCUGGCUUGGGGUUACCAGGCUGUGACAACAGGGCUGUCCCGUUAAUGCAGGGUCACGCCAAAGUUGGGAGGUGGUGGGGGUUGAGCUGUUGCGUUACCUCUUCGCACACUUGUCCCGUACCCAAGACCUGACCCGGGGAGGCUGUAUCCUGAUCUCCCCCAUUGCAUUAUGGAGCAGAAGCAAGGGCAGUGAGGGCUGAACGGAGCCCAUUGUGUGCCCAGGAGUAGGAGUCGUUUGGGAAUGUGAGGUUUGGGUUACCACAAGGAGUUUCUACAAUGUAGAGGAAAGAAGAGGAGAGGAGGGCAAGGCAAGGCUAACUGCUGGGCAUAGGGGGGAGGUUAGAGGGGUGAUAUGGAGUGGCCCACUCUGGGGAUUGAAUGUCUCUCGCACUGAGCUCACCUAGAACCCAGUCUAAGGACCAUUUUUUGGAAGGUCAAGCUUGAUGGGCUCUCCAGAACUUUUGAUGUUCAAUGCGCCAGACUUUAUUCCCACAAAAUACCCUCACCUGUCACUCAGUGGUCCCACAGAAACUGUUGAUGUAAUGCUUUUAUGACUUAUUGAUGUAACUGAUCAGUCCGUUUCAAUCGCUGCUUUUUCUAUUUUCUCUACUUUUAACAAUUGAAACUACAAUCAGACCAUUUAGAAGUAAACCUCCUUGUCAGCAAGACUGUUCCUAGAAAUAUCUGUUCUUCAUUGAGGCAUAGAUGUGUGCUACCUUACAUGGGGCAAAUAUGCAAUGUCACCUCAGCUGAGCUCACUAUGUAACAACCGAUUAUACAACACUGUCCCCAUUCCCAGUGAGCUAAAUGGAGGGAGAGGGAGUGAAAGACCUUUAUCCUCUCACUAUCCAUGUUGUGUUGUCACGUGUUGCUGCCUUGCUAUGUUGUUGUUUUAGGUCUCUUUAUGGAAGUGUUGUGUUGUCUCUCUUGUUGUGAUGUGUGUCUUGUCCUUAAAAUGUAUUCAUUUGUACAUUUUUAAUCCCAGGCCCCCGUCCCCGCAGGAGGCCUUUUGGUAGGCCGUCAUUGUAAAUAAGAAUUUGUUCUUAGCUGACUUGCUUAGUUGAAUAAAGUAAACUAUCAUGUUGGCUAAUGAAGUGUGUGUGUGUGUGUGUGUGUGUGUGUGUGUGUGUGUGUGUGUGUGUGUGUGUGUGUGUGUGUGUGUGUGUGUGUGUGUGUGUGUGUGUGUGUGUGUGUGUGUGUGUGUGUGUCCAUGCGAGAGUGGGAGUUCAAGUGAGAAAAUCCGGCCUAUUGUCCCCAUCCUCGACAUUUCCCUAAACACCGGCCGUUAGCACAAGAGGAUCUCGGUCCCGGCAGGCCCACUGGGAACAUGUUUUUUUUUUUUGGUCCCAUUUUGGUGUGUUGCUCUCUUUUCACAGGUUGGUAAAGAGUAUGUGCAUUUACACAACAACGCAUGGGAGGAGUAAAAUAAUCCACCACAAAGAGCCCCUACACUGGUCAAUGGGAGCCCCAGGUCAGCCCUCAGUCCUGCAGCCUUUGACACGUCCUGCUCCCCCUCGCUCCAGUUACCUCCACUGUCCCCCUUGCAACAAAGACCCGACUGAGUCCCCUCUCCUUCCCAGACCCUAUCAGAACGGAUCUACCUGCCAUUUCUUUCAUACCUAAUCUCUCCAGGAUCUAUGGAAAUGACGUACGCUGUGUGCCCAUGUAAAUGAGGCCAUUCCUAAUUAAAGAGAACACAGUGUGUCCAAAGUGACUCAUGUUAAUUCUGUAAGUAAAACUACCCAAGGUCUUGAAAAAGCAGGGUUUAAGCCUGUGUGUGGUUUUUCUCUCUCUUUGUUUUUCUCUCUCUUUUUGCAAUCUACUGCAGAGAUAGCCUGCAGAGUUCUGUCUUACUAUCCAGGUCUGUGCCCAAACAGUUCGAGCCUCUACUUUUAAAAAUACACCUUUCCAGAAAUAAGUUUCUCACCGUUGCCACUUGCUAUAGACCCCCCUCAGCCCCCAGCUGUGCCCUGGACACCAUAUGUGAAUUGAUUGCCCCCCCAUCUAUCUUCAGCAUUCGUACUGUUAGGUGACCUAAACUGGGGUAUGCUUAACACCCCGGCCAUCUUACAAUCUAAGCUAGAUGCACUAAAUCCCACACAAAUGAUCAAGGAACCUAACCUCAAAUGACAACCCCUCAUCAUUGUCAAACGCUCCUUAAAAUACUAAUAAGAUAAAGAUAAAUAAACGACCUCAUCCUGUCAGUAGAAGAUGCCUGGUUGUUCUUUAAAAGUGCUUUCCUCAACAUCUUAAAAAAGCAUGCCCCGUUCAAAAAAUGUAGAACUAAGAACAGACACAGCUCCUGGUUCACUCUUGACUUGACUGCCCUUGACCAGCACAAAAACAUCCUGUGGCAUACUGCAUUAGCAUCGAAUAGCCCCCUCGAUAUGCAACUUUUCAGGGCAGUCAGGAACCAAUAUACACAGUCAGUUUGGAAAGCAAAGGCUAGCUUUUUCAAACAGAAAUGUACGUCCUGUAGCACUAAUUCCAAACAGUUUUGGGACACUGUAAAUGAAGAAUGAAGAAUAAGAGCACCUCCUCCCAGCUGCCCACUGCACUGAGGCUAGGAAACACUGUCACCGCCGAUAAAUCUACGAUAAUCGAGAAUUUCAAUAAGCAUUUUUCUAUGGCUGGCCAUGCUUUCCAUCUGGCUACCCCUACCCCAGCCAACAGCUCUGCAACCCCGCAGCAACUUGCCGAAUCCCCCGCACUUAGCGGAUGUUCUGAAAGAGCUGCAAAAUCUGGACCCCGACAAAUCAGCUGGGCUCGACAAUCAGGACCCUCUCUUUCAAAACAUUUCAGCCGAAAUUGUUGCAACCCCUAUUACUAGCCUGUUCAACCUCUCUUUCGUAUCGUCUGAGAUCCCUAAAGAUUGGAAAGCUGCCGCGGUAAUCCCCCUCUACAAAGGGGGAGACACUCUAGACCCAAACUGUUACAGACCUAUAUCCAUCCUGCCCUGCAUUUUCUAAGUUCUUCAAAAGCCAAGUUAACAAACAGAUCACCGACCACUUCGAAUCCCACCGUACCUUCUCCGCUAUGCAAUCUGGUUUCCGAGCUGGUCAUAGGUGCACUUCAGCCACGCUCAAGGUCCUAAAUGAUAUCAUAACCGCCAUCGAUAAAAGACAGUACUGUGCAGCCGUCUUCAUUGACCUGGCCAAGGCUUUUCACUCUGUCAAUCACCGCAUUCUUAUCGGCAGACUCAAUAACCUUGGUUCCUCAGAUAACUGCCUCGCUUGGUUCAUCAACUACUUCUCAGAUCGAGUUCAGUGUGUCAAAUCAGAGGGCCCGUUGUCCGGACCUCUGGAAGUCUCUAUGGGGGUGCCACAUGGUUCAAUUCUCGGGCUGAGUCUUUUCUCUGUGUAUAUCAAUGAUGUCGCUCUUGCUGCUGGUGAUUCUCUGAUCCACCUCUACGCAGACGACACCAUUCUGUAUACUUCUGGCCCUUUAGACACUGUGUUAACAAACCUUCAAACAAGCUUUAAUGCCAUACAACACUCCUUCCGUGGCCUCCAACUGCUCUUAAAUGCCAGUAAAACUAAAUGCAUGCUCUUCAACCGAUCGCUGCCCACACCUGCCUGCCCGACUAGCAUCACUUCUGACUUAGAAAUAUGUGGACAACUACAAUACUCUCGUUGGCUGGCCCUCGCUACAUAUCCGUCGCCAAACCCAUUGGCUCCAGGUCAUCUAUAAGUCUUUGCUAGGUAAAGAUUGGUCACCAUAGAAACACCCACCAUAGCACGUGCUCCAGCCGGUAUAUUUCACUGGUCAUCCCCAAAGCUAACACCUACUUUGGCCACCUUUCCUUCCAAUUCUCUGCUGCCAAUGACUGGAACGAAUUGCAAAGGUCACUGAAGCUGGAGACUUAUAUCUCCCUCACUAACUAUAAGCAUCAGCUGCCAGAGCAGCUUACCGAUCACUGUACCUGUACAUAGCCCAUCUGUACAUUUCCCACCCAACUACCUCAUCCCCAUAUUCUUCUUUUUUUGUUGCUGUUUUUUACCCCAGUAUCUCUAUUUGCACAUCAUCAUCUGCACAUCUAUCACUCCAGUGUUAAUGCUACAUUGUAAUUAUUUUGCCACUGUGGCCUAUUUAUUGCCUUGCCUCUCUAAUCUUACUACAUUUGCACACACUGUAUAUAGACUUUUCUAUUGUUUUAUUGACUGUAUAUUUGUUUAUCCCAUGUGUAACUGUUGUUGUUUUUGUCACACUGCUUUGCUUUAUAUUGGCCAGGUCCCAGUUGUAAAUGAGAACUUGUUCUCAACUGGCCUACCUGGUUAAAUAAAGGUGAAAUAAAAAAUAAAAAUUGGCUGGGUCUGAGCUUCUCAGGUGGAAAGCUUUAGCCAUACAGAGACACGGACAGGGCUGAGGGGAGGAAUCAAGGCCCAAUCCAAGGGGCUGGCAUCUAUGUCUGAAAUCCUCUUUGUUGAAACUGUUUUGUCUUCCAUGAUUGGAGGGGAAUAUUGGUUAUUGGUUUCAAUAAUUUGCCUUUGCUUGUGUAGUCUUUCUGCCCUCAUUUCCAGGAUAUCUCAUUUGCUCUCCCUCACUUUCCCUCUCUGCCCACUCAAAGUCCCCCUCCCCACCUACUACUUUGAUCUCAGAUUAAGUUGAACACUAUCCCUGGUAAAAUGUGCACCUGCCUCUUUUAGUAAAGUUCCUUCCAGAGCUUUGGCAGGGGCUUACACACUUGCCGCCCCUCUCAUACAAGGAAUCUCUUUCUUCCUGCUCCUAUUGAUAUCCAUUGCAUGCCCUAGGCAAGGAUUUUGGCUGUUUUCUGGGACUCCCAUUUUAACAGUACCGGUAAUCCUGCUGGAAGUGAACGAGAAGCGCCCCUCUUUUUGGACGUCCAUCCCCCCUCCUCCCCUGCCAUUAUCACCAUAACAACUGCCACCCCUCCGUCUUUUUCCAGGCCUCUCUUCACUUCUUUUAAACUCUGUGGAUGGUUCCCAGUUGGAUGAAACACAUCUGUGUACUGGAGGAAGCCUGGUGAGAGUGGUGAGGGGUUAAAUGUCCGUGUUCUGAAGACAGAAUGAUCAGACCAGGCACUCCAGUCAUUCUCUUCCACCUCUUCAGCUUCUUUUCUCAGAGAGAAGGUCAACAACAACGGUGUGAUCUCCUUCGAAGUACAGGUGAGCCAGUUCACCCCCGAGGCCUUCCCUCUGAGUGACAGCAGAUCCUUCAUUGCCCCACUAUGGGCAGACGUGCACAACGGCAUCCGCGGAGACGUGUACUACCGGGAGAGCACAGACCCAGAGCUACUGGAGCGGGCCACACAAGAAAUCCGCAAGUACUUUAAGAACAUGCCCACCUUCACAGCCACCUGGAUCUUCAUCACAACCUGGCACCAGGUCACCUUCUACGGAGGCAGUCAGACCACCCCGGUGAACACAUUUCAGGUUGUGUUGAUAUCGGACGGUCUGUCAUGCUUUUCCAUGUUCAACUAUGGAGAGAUCAACUGGAGCACAGGCACAGCCAGUGGAGGAGACCCUCUGACUGGUUUAGGUGGUAGCACAGCACAGUCAGGUUUUAAUGGAGGAGAAAUCGGUAACUUCCUCAACCUACCUGGGUCCCGUUCCAAUGCCGUGGUUGAAAUCGAGAGGACGACCAAUGUAAACCUGCCUGGCCGGUGGGUCUUCCGUGUAGACACUGCCCUGAUAGACCCUGCCAAUGGCUGCAGUUACAAUGGGCGGUUCUAUCGGCGCGGUGAGAUCUUCUGGCUGUCCGACCAGUGCUCCCAGCGGUGCCGCUGCCUGGACAUGGACAACGAGGUGCUCUGCCGGGAGGCGCCGUGCAGCCAGCUGGAAACUUGUGAGCAGAAGGAGGGUGCCUUCUACUGCCAGUCUACGCGCACCAGCACCUGUGUGGUUUUCGGCGACCCUCACUACCACACCUUUGAUGGCUUCCUCUACCACUUCCAGGGCACCUGCUCCUACCUGUUAGCUCGGCCCUGCUGGGAGGUGGCUGGCCUGCCCUUCUUCAGCGUGGAGGCCAAGAAUGAGAACCGCGGCGUGGCCUCUGUGUCCUGGCUGAGAGAUGUCACUGUGGAGGUGUACGACCACAGAGUCAUCCUGCCUAAGGGCAGCCAGGGCACAAUACAGGUGGAUGGACUGAUGAAGACACUGCCAGUCCAACUCCAGCUAGGUGCAGUCAGGGUGUACCAGUCGGGCAUGGCCGUCGCCCUGGAGACCGACUUCGGCCUCCUGGUGACCUACGAUGGGCAGCACUACGCCUCCAUUUCCCUGCCCAGCUCCUACUUCAACAACACAUGCGGCCUGUGCGGUAACUAUAACGACGACCCUGCCGACGACCCUGUGCUGCCCGACGGCUCGCUAGCCGAGAGCGUAGUGGCGCUGGGUGGCAGCUGGCGGGCGGAGGACGCUGACUGGCGCUGCACAGACGGCUGUGCCCAGAACUGCAGUGUCUGUGAACCAUUGACCGAGGCGUUCUACUUCCGCCCGGACUACUGUGGAAUCAUCAACAAGACGGGCGGGCCUUUCAGGGACUGCAGGGCAGUGGUGGACCCAACGGCCUUUGUCUAUAGUUGUGUCUACGACAUGUGCAACAACAAGGACAACAUUACCACCCUCUGUCAGGCCAUUCAGGCCUACGCCUUAGCCUGCCAAGCCCUGGGGGUUACCAUACGAACCUGGAGGUCACACACCUUCUGUGCCCUGAAAUGCCCUGAGUCCAGCCACUACCAGGUGUGCACCAGUGCCUGCGCCGCCUCAUGCUCGGACCUCACCUCCCACCUGUACUGCACCCACCCUUGCACAGAGGGCUGCCAGUGCGACCCGGGAUACGUGCUGAGUGGCAACCGUUGCGUCCGGUACCAGGACUGCGGCUGCGAGCGUGAGGGCCUCUACUACCCUCUCAACGACACUUUCUGGGCGGGCCCUGCCGGCGAGGGUGGAGAGUGCACCCUUCGCUGCGUCUGUGGGCCCAACGGCGAAGUCUCCUGCUUCAGCGAUUCAUGUAGAGAAGGCGAGGUGUGUGCGACAGAGUUUGGCCUGUUGGGCUGUUACCCCCGCAGGGAGGGGGUGUGUUCUCUGGGCCAGAAUGUUGUGACGGCCUCUUUCGACGGGACCUCCAUGCCCUUUCCGGACGACAGCUCCUACUACCUGCUGAGGUCGUGUGGGCCAAUGCCGGCCAACGUGUCUGCUGUGGAAGUAAAGAUGGGCCGGCGGCUGGUAAACAAGGGUCCAUACUGGAUGCGGCCCGUGGUGGUCAGGGUGGCCAACCUGGAGGCCCAGAUGGGUGGAUCGGACUUUGACACAGUGAAGCUGAACGGUGAGCUGGUACUCCUGCCUUAUGUCCACCCACUGGAGACCCUAAUGAUCUACCGCGCACCUGGCAACGCUACCGUGGUGGAGUCCAGCGGAUUGGUCCUAGUCCGCUACACCCGUCAGGGCCUCCUCAACAUCUCUCUCUCUACCCUCUUUUACAACGCCACCUGCGGCCUGUGCGGUCUCUUCAACGGAAACGCCAGCGACGAUCUCCGUCUGCCUAACGGCCGGCUGGCCGAAUCCCUCGAACUCUUCACUGAGGGCUGGCGGGCCAUCGCUGACGACCUGACGUGCAAUGGCGAUUGCGACGACCUGUACCGCAUGUGCACUGACCUGCGGCUCUACCAGAGCCCGUGGAUGUGUGGCAACAUCAACGACCCGGGGAACAGCUCCUUCCUGGCGUGCCACGGUGCCGUCAACCCCUCGCCGUUCUUCCGGAACUGCCUGUACAACAUGUGCAUGCGGGAGGGAAACCGCUCGGUGCUCUGCUCUUCGCUGCAGGCGUAUGCCUCGGCCUGUCAGGAUGCCCAGGUGGGCCUUGCUGCCUGGAGGAGUGCUACCAAUUGCCCCUUGCCCUGUCCGGAGAACAGUUACUACGAUGAGUGCACCAGCGCUUGCCCGCUGACCUGCGCCGGCCUGGACGAGCUCGCCGAGCUGUGCCCAUUGCCCUGUCAGGAGGGCUGCCAGUGCAGGGAGGGCUUUGCACUCCACAACGGCCAGUGCGUGGCGCGCAGCGACUGCGGCUGCAUCAGCUCUGGGGGCCGGCAGCUGGCCACCAACCAGAUCUUCUGGAAUGACUGGGAGUGCCAGGAGCGCUGCUACUGCAAUGGCUCGGACAACCGCGUCUACUGCACACUGACACCGUGCCAGGAGGGCGAUUACUGCCAGGAGGGCCUUGAGGGCCUCUACUUCUGCCAGCCGCACACCGAAGCGCUGUGCAUUGCCGCUGGUUACAGCCACUUCCUGCCAUUCGGAGGUGUGCCCUUCGAGCUGCAGAGUAGCUGUACCUUGAUCCUGGCUACAACGAGGUGCAACAGCGGAGUGACGGGAGAGGAGGAUAUGGACCAGAGCACCGCCACCCGACCCAAGACGAGCACCAGCGCCGACCUCCCUCGCUUCAAGCUGUCAGCCCGGAACGAGGAGAGGGACACGGGGCAAGCCAUCUGGGUGAGGGGGUUCAUCUUGGAAGUCUACGGCUAUGAGAUUGAGGUGUCUCGGAGCUAUAAACACACCAUCACGGUGAAUAAGGAACGUCUGUACCUGCCUUUGAAGCUGGGGCUGGGGAAGGUCCACAUCUUCACUUUCGGCAUGCAGCUGGUGUUGGAGACGGACUUUGGCCUGAAGGUUGCCUUCGACUGGAACACCCUGCUCCUGCUCACGCUGCCUCGACGCCUCUACAACACCACCUGCGGCCUGUGCCAGGGCAUGCCACUUUCCUCUCCCGUACUCACCACCAGCAACUGGGGCAUGGCCUGGGCUGAGAAAGACACAUUCUGCCAGGUGGGCUGCGGCGACACGUGCCCACGUUGUGGGUUGGUCGAGAGAGGCUUUGGUGCCACCGAUGCCCCUUUACUCGUCGUGGACGCCUACAUGGAAGGCGUGGCCCAAGAUGGUGAGGGAGGAGGAAUCAAUGUUGAUGGCGGGGGUUACACGGGAAUCCGAUUCCACCUGGGCGAUGGGCUGCACUUGUUUGUGGAGCCCGAGGCAGUGCGUCUGUGUGGGUUGAUCGUGGACCGCGGCGGUGUGUUUGCGCGCUGCCACAGCAAGGUGGCGCCGGCGUUCUUCUACCAGAACUGCCUGCAGGACACAUGCCUGGACCGGGGUGCCUCGGCGACCAUUUGCAACUGGCUGCAGAUCUACACCAGCACAUGCCAGACCCAGGGGUUGCAUGUGUUAGGCUGGAGGAUUGACACACCCUGUGUGCUGACGUGCCCAGCCAACAGCCACUACUCUAGCUGCAUGUCAGUGUGCCAACCGCAGUGCGCCCCAGCCCGCGGCCAGAGGGAGUGCACCCAAGACUGUGUGGAGGGCUGCCAGUGUGACCAGGGAUAUGUCCUCAAUGGCAAGGGUUGCGUCCGGCCCCAGAACUGUGGCUGCUACAACGACGGCAAGUACUAUGAGCCCAAACAGCUGUUCUGGAACAGUGAUUGCACCAAGCGCUGCCAGUGCAUCGGCCGUAAUCUCAUCCAGUGUGACCCGCGCCGCUGCAAGGCCGAGGAGGAGUGCGCCCUGCGCCAUGGCGUGCGCGGCUGCUUCACCCAGCGCUCGCAGCAUUGCGUGGCGUCCGGUGGCGGUGUCUUCAGGACCUUUGACGGGGCGUCCCUCCGCCUGCCUGCCUCCUGCUCCUUCGUGCUGUCCACCAACUGCCACAAGCUACCUGACCUCUCCUUUCAGCUCAUCGCAAACUUCGACAAGUGGAGCACACCCAACCUCACCACCAUCUCCCAUGCAUACCUCUAUAUUAACGAGGAGAAUAUCCUGAUCUCCGGGAGCACCGUGAAGGUGAACGGCACUCCUGUGUCGGUGCCUUUUGUCACGGGCCUGAUGACGCGCGUCUCCACAUCGGAGGGCUUCCUGGUCAUCGACACGCCCCUGGACAUCCAGGUGCGCUACAACCGCUUCAACACGCUCAGCAUCACUAUGGGCCAGCGGUUGCAAAACAAGGUGUGCGGCCUUUGCGGCAACUUCAAUGGAGACCCUACUGACGACUACAUCACCUCCCGUGGGAAGCCGGCCAUCAGCGCCCUGGAGCUGGCCCAGAGCUGGAAGACCAAUGGCAUGCAGAACAGCUGUGAUGAGACCCAGUACAUGGCGCUGGCCCAGUCGUGUGAGAACACAGCUGUGCUGGGCCUCCAGGGCGAGGAGGGGUGCCAGAAGCUCACCCAGAUGAAGGGCUUCUUCCAGCCCUGCCACGGCCUGCUGGACCCCAGGCCCUUCUACCAGUCCUGCUACCUGGACGGUUGCUACAACCACCACAAGGCCCAGGUGUGCGGCUCGCUGGCUGCCUACGCCGAGGCCUGCCGAUCCCUAGGCACGCUCACCACCAAGUGGAUUGCCCAGGAGAAUUGUUCAGAAUGGAUCUACGACCCUUGUGCAGGAGAGAUCUGCACCAACAACACGUGUGAGCAGGAGAACGGGGGAGACCUGUGUGGCUGCCCUGAGCUGCCCAACAACGCUGGUGGCGAGGAUGACAUAAUCCAGGCGGAGGUGACAUGUAAACACGCCCAGAUAGAGGUGUCCAUCUCCAAGUGUAAGCUCUUCCAGCUGGGCUUCGAGCGUGAGGACGUGAGGAUCAACGACCAGUACUGCCCCGGCAUUGAGGGAGAGGACUUCAUCUCCUUUCACAUCAACAACACCAAGGGCCAUUGCGGCUCCAUUGUACAGUCCAACGGCACACACAUCAUGUACAAGAACACGGUGUGGAUCGAGAGUGUGAACAACACAGGCAACAUCAUCACCAGGGACAAGACAAUCAACGUGGAGUUUACCUGCGCCUACGAGCUAGACAUCAAGAUAUCCUUGGAGACCGUGCUCAAGCCCAUGCUCAGUGUUAUCAACCUCACCCUCCCCACCCAGGAAGGCAACUUCAUCACUAAGAUGGCGCUGUACAAGAACUCCUCGUACCGCCAGCCGUACCGCGAGGGUGAGGUGGUGCUGAGCACACGGGACGUCAUCUUCGUGGGGGUGUUUGUGGAGGGGGCCGACGAGGACCAGCUCAUCCUCAUCGUCAAUAUGUGCUGGGCCACGCCGUCCCGCUAUAGCAACGACCACCUCCGCUACGUCCUCAUAGAGAGAGGUUGUCCCAACAUCAAGGACAAUACCAUCGGCAUGGCUGAGAACGGGGUGUCCCUCACCUGUCGCUUCCACGUCACCGUCUUCAAGUUCAUCGGGGACUACAGUGAGGUCCACCUCCACUGUGACGUGUCACUGUGUGACCACGAGACCAAUGCCUGCAAAGUGAACUGUCCCCACAACAGGAGAAUGUACUCUGACUACAGCGAUCACAAGGAGCAGAUCCUCACUGUAGGACCCAUCAGAAGGCGAGAGUCGGACUGGUGUGAGGUGGGUAACGGAGGCUGUGAGCAGAUCUGCACCAGUAAAGGAAUGGGAGCUAUGUGUAGCUGUGUGACUGGUAUGCUGCAGAGCGACGGAAAGAGCUGUCGAGCUGUCAGCUCCAGCGUUGACCUUCGACCCCUUGUUUUCCCUCUGGCUCUUAGCACUGUGGUCUCCGUGCUCCUCACUCACACACACAAUUCCCUCAUCUCCUAACCCUGGGCGGACAGAUAAAAAGAGAGAGGAGAGAGAGGAGGGAGAGAGAGACAGAUAAAAAGAGAAGAGGAGAGCAGUAUAACAUGAAAAAAACAGCCAACCAGAGGAGAGCAGACAUCUACACUUCCUACUCACUGUCACAGAGACUGCCACAGCAACCAAUCACAGAGCAGAGAGGCACUUCCCACCCGUUGCACUAAACAAAAACAACAACAACUCACAAGACUGGGGCACUGGAUCACAAUGGAAAAAGCCCUCCAAAAGAGUCUCUCUAUUCACGUAUACUUUAGCUAGACAGCAGAAAGUUGGUAUAUUUCAUUUAACAAAACAGCUUAGUGAGUUAGUGCUAGAUACAGUGUUUUUUUAUGAGAGGUGAGGGGAUAGUUUGCCCUACAUUUAUCUUUGAUAGCAAAGCUUGGUUGCUAAAAUCAUUGUAUCAUUAUUUAUGUGUGAAUCGAUUACCAAAUAACCAAAUAAUAAUAUAAUAAAUCAAAAAUGUUGCUCUUUAUUUAGCCAUCUUACAUAAAUUAUGAAACUGUAUUUGUUCAUUGAAAAUUGUGAAUAACUCGCUACAGGUUAAUGAGAAGGGUGUGCUUGAAAGGAUGCACAUAACUCUGCAGUGUUGGGUUGUAUUGGAGAGAGACUCAGUCUUAAAUCAUUUUCCACACAGUCUGUGCCUGUAUUUAGUUUUCAUGCUAGUGAGGGUCGAGAAUCCACUCUCACAUAUGUACGUGGUUGCAAAGGGCAUCAGUGUUUAAACAGCGCGAUUUGCCAAGGCAGGAUACUCUGAGCGCAGCCCAGUCCAGAAAUCUGGAAGUGGCUUCUGAUUAAAUUAAAUCUUCACAGAACCGCUUGUUGCAAUUUCGAUGAGGCUCACUUGUUCAGAUAUUGGUAGGUGGACUGGAGGCAGGGCAUGAAAGGGAUAACGAAUCCAGUUGUUUGUGUCAUCCGUUUCGGGAAAGUACCUGCCUAAUUGUGUACCCAACUCACUCAGGUGCUUCGCUAUGUCACAUUUGACAUUGUCCGUAAGCUUGAGUUCACACAAAGAAUUAUACAAUGAUGAAAAGACCUGUGUUAUGUCCUUGUUAAUGUAAACAGAGAAGAGCUCCAACUUCUUAAUCAUAGCUUCAAUUUUAACCCACACAUUGAGUAUAGUUGUGGAGAGUCCCUGUAAUCCUAGAUUCAGAUCAUUCAGGCGAGAAAAAACAUCACCCAGAUAGACCAGUCGUGUAAGAAACUCGUCUUCAUGCAAGCUGUCAGUGUCACCAGGGUGGGCAUUCUAUGUUAAUUGUCUAUGUUUUGAAUUUCUUUGUUUUUUGGCCGGUGUGGUUCUCAAUCAGAGGCAGCUGUCUAUCAUUGUCUCUGAUUGAGAACCAUACUUACGUAGCUUUUUCCCACAUAGGUUUUGUGGGUAGUUGUUUUGUGUCUUUCUGCAUCUCACAGGGCUGUUUCGGUUUUCGUUCAUUCUUUUUGUUAUUUCAGUGUUCAGUUCUAAUAAAAGCAUGAACACGUACCACGCUG